AUGAGUUUACAGCCUUAUUGUUUUGAACCUACCCUACAAGAUAUUGAUGAAACAACGUUAGAAACAAUAUCGGUUAAUCCGUUAGUGGCGAUUAGUUGCGACGAAAGAACAAAAAAGGAAAUCAAAGAUUGGUGUUUAUGCAAGAAAUGUACAACUAUGAAAACUGAUAAAGAAUGUGUUUGUUGUUUCGAAUUUGACAACUUGACUAAAUUGCAUGAUUUAAAAAUUUGUAUAACUAACAUUCCAUCUUUUCGAAAAGUUAUUAUGAACGAGGAAAUUCUCAACAUCACCAGGCAUCAAAUGAUUAUUAAUACAGUGUUGG